AUGUCCGGGUCCAACCCAGGCCUCCAGGUCCAUGUGGGCCCCCCAGAUCCAGGUAGGACCCACACGUCCAAGUCCAACCCAGGCCUCCAUGUCCAUGCAGACCCCACAGAUCCAGGUAGGCCCCAUAGAUCCAGGAUCCUGCUGACGGUGGUGGUGAUCUUCCGCAUCCUGAUCGUGGCCAUCGUGGGGGAGACGGUUUACGAGGACGAGCAGACCAUGUUCAUGUGCAACACCCUCCAGCCGGGCUGCAACCAGGCCUGUUACGACAAGGCCUUCCCCAUCUCCCACAUCCGCUACUGGGUCUUCCAGAUCAUCCUGGUCUGCACCCCCAGCCUCUGCUUCAUCACCUACUCCGUCCACCAGUCGGCCAAGCAGCGCGAGCGCCGCUACUCCUUCCUCUACCCCCUCCUGGAGGGCCACCAGGCCAAGAAAAACAAACCCCCGCACCCCGAAACGGGGGGUAAAGACGACCCAGAAGCUCUAGACCCCAAAGAAACCCCCAACGUGAUGAUGGGGGGCACAACAACCACCACCCCUCUGCGUCCUUUCCGCUCGUGGAAGAGCCGGCGUCAGGAAGGCAUCUCCCGUUUCUACGUCAUCCAGGUGGUUUUCCGUAACGCCCUGGAGAUUGGUUUUUUGGCCGGGCAGUAUUUUCUGUACGGUUUUAACGUGCCGGGGAUAUUCGAAUGCGACCGGUACCCCUGCGUCAAGGAGGUGGAGUGUUACGUCUCCCGCCCCACCGAAAAAACCGUCUUCCUCGUCUUCAUGUUCGCCGUCAGCGGCGUCUGCGUCCUCCUCAACCUGGCCGAGCUCAACCACCUCGGGUGGAGGAAGGUGAGGGCGGCCGUCAGGGGGGCACGGGCACGCAGGAAAUCCCUGGGGGGA